GCAUUCCCGGCCCGCCCGGGUGACUCACUGAGGCAGGAAACUCCCAGCGCCCGCCGGGACCCCCGAGCCGCCGCCGCCGCCGCGGACGCAGCGCAGGAUGGCGGCCCAGGUGACGCUGGAGGAUGCGCUGUCCAAUGUGGACCUCCUGGAGGAGCUGCCUCUGCCCGACCAGCAGCCCUGCAUCGAGCCCCCGCCAUCCUCGCUGCUCUACCAGCCGAAUUUCAACACUAACUUUGAAGACAGGAAUGCGUUUGUCACCGGCAUCGCAAGAUACAUUGAACAAGCCACUGUCCACUCUAGCAUGAACGAGAUGCUGGAGGAAGGCCAAGAGUACGCCGUCAUGUUGUACACCUGGAGAAGCUGCUCCCGGGCCAUCCCCCAGGUGAAAUGUAAUGAGCAGCCUAACAGAGUGGAAAUCUAUGAGAAAACUGUGGAGGUCCUGGAGCCUGAGGUCACCAAACUGAUGAACUUCAUGUACUUCCAGAGAAACGCCAUCGAGCGUUUCUGCGGGGAGGUGAGGCGCUUGUGCCACGCCGAGAGGAGGAAGGACUUCGUGUCCGAAGCCUACCUGAUCACGCUGGGCAAGUUCAUCAACAUGUUCGCCGUGCUGGACGAGCUGAAGAACAUGAAGUGCAGCGUGAAGAACGACCACUCGGCCUACAAGAGGGCUGCUCAGUUUUUACGUAAAAUGGCAGAUCCACAGUCCAUCCAGGAGUCUCAGAAUCUAUCCAUGUUCCUGGCAAACCACAACAAGAUCACGCAAUCUCUCCAGCAGCAGCUCGAAGUCAUUUCUGGCUACGAAGAGCUCUUGGCAGACAUCGUGAAUCUGUGCGUGGAUUACUACGAGAACAGGAUGUACUUGACGCCCAGCGAGAAACACAUGCUUCUCAAAGUCAUGGGGUUUGGUCUGUACUUGAUGGAUGGAAGUGUCAGUAACAUCUAUAAACUAGAUGCCAAGAAAAGAAUUAACUUGUCCAAAAUUGACAAGUACUUCAAGCAGCUCCAGGUGGUUCCGCUGUUCGGGGAUAUGCAGAUAGAACUGGCAAGAUACAUCAAGACCAGCGCCCACUACGAGGAGAACAAAUCCCGGUGGACCUGCACGUCUUCCAGCAGCAGCCCGCAGUACAACAUCUGCGAGCAGAUGAUCCAGAUCCGCGAGGACCACAUGCGCUUCAUCUCGGAGCUGGCGCGCUACAGCAACAGCGAGGUAGUCACAGGGUCAGGCCGUCAGGAGGCCCAGAAGACAGACGCCGAGUACCGGAAGCUCUUCGAUCUGGCUCUGCAAGGCCUGCAGCUGCUGUCGCAGUGGAGUGCACACGUGAUGGAAGUGUACUCGUGGAAACUUGUGCACCCAACCGACAAGUACUCCAACAAGGACUGUCCAGACAACGCCGAGGAGUAUGAGCGUGCCACACGCUACAACUACACCAGCGAGGAGAAGUUUGCCCUGGUGGAGGUGAUUGCCAUGAUCAAGGGCCUGCAGGUGCUGAUGGGCAGGAUGGAGAGCGUGUUCAACCACGCCAUCCGGCACACGGUCUACGCAGCGCUGCAGGACUUCUCCCAGGUGACGCUGCGGGAGCCGCUGCGGCAGGCCAUCAAGAAGAAGAAGAAUGUCAUCCAGAGUGUCCUGCAGGCCAUCAGGAAGACGGUGUGUGACUGGGAGACAGGGCACGAGCCCUUCAACGACCCAGCUCUGCGGGGCGAGAAGGACCCCAAGAGUGGCUUUGACAUCAAAGUGCCACGGCGCGCCGUGGGACCCUCCAGCACGCAGCUUUACAUGGUGAGAACCAUGCUAGAGUCCCUCAUUGCAGACAAAAGUGGUUCCAAGAAAACCCUGAGAAGUAGCCUUGAGGGGCCCACCAUAUUGGACAUAGAAAAAUUUCAUCGCGAGUCCUUCUUCUACACUCACUUGAUAAAUUUCAGUGAAACACUGCAGCAGUGCUGUGACCUCUCCCAGCUGUGGUUCCGAGAGUUCUUCCUGGAGCUGACCAUGGGCAGGAGGAUCCAGUUCCCCAUUGAGAUGUCCAUGCCCUGGAUCCUCACCGACCACAUCCUGGAGACCAAGGAGGCGUCCAUGAUGGAGUACGUCCUCUACUCCCUGGACCUGUACAACGACAGUGCCCACUACGCGCUCACCAGGUUCAACAAGCAGUUUCUCUACGACGAAAUCGAGGCAGAGGUGAAUCUAUGUUUUGACCAAUUUGUUUACAAGCUGGCUGACCAGAUAUUUGCAUAUUAUAAGGUUAUGGCAGGAAGUUUACUUCUCGAUAAACGGUUACGAUCGGAAUGCAAGAACCAGGGCGCCACGAUCCACCUCCCGCCGUCCAACCGCUAUGAGACACUGCUGAAACAGAGGCACGUGCAGCUCCUGGGCAGGUCGAUAGACCUCAAUCGUCUGAUUACUCAGCGUGUCUCUGCAGCCAUGUAUAAGUCUCUGGAGCUGGCAAUUGGGCGAUUUGAAAGUGAAGACUUAACAUCAAUAGUUGAGUUGGAUGGCCUCUUGGAAAUCAACCGAAUGACCCACAAGUUGCUGAGCAGGUACCUGACACUGGACAGUUUUGACGCUAUGUUCCGGGAGGCCAACCACAACGUGUCUGCUCCCUAUGGGAGAAUCACCCUCCACGUCUUCUGGGAGCUCAACUACGACUUCCUGCCCAACUACUGCUACAACGGCUCCACCAACCGGUUUGUUCGGACAGUAUUACCAUUUUCUCAGGAGUUUCAAAGAGACAAACAGCCAAAUGCACAACCCCAGUAUUUGCAUGGGUCCAAGGCUUUGAACCUGGCCUACUCCAGCAUUUAUGGCAGCUACAGGAACUUCGUGGGGCCUCCACACUUUCAGGUCAUCUGCCGGCUGCUCGGCUACCAAGGCAUCGCUGUGGUCAUGGAGGAGCUGCUGAAGGUUGUCAAGAGCCUGCUUCAAGGCACGAUCCUGCAGUACGUGAAGACACUGAUGGAGGUGAUGCCCAAGAUCUGCCGCCUGCCCCGGCAUGAAUACGGCUCUCCUGGCAUCCUGGAGUUUUUCCACCACCAGCUGAAGGACAUUGUAGAGUAUGCAGAACUGAAGACUGUGUGCUUCCAGAACCUGCGGGAGGUGGGCAAUGCUGUCCUCUUCUGCCUGCUCAUUGAACAGAGCCUGUCUUUAGAAGAAGUAUGUGACCUGUUACAUGCAGCCCCUUUCCAGAACAUCUUACCACGUGUCCACGUGAAAGAGGGGGAGAGACUUGAUGCCAAAAUGAAAAGACUGGAAUCCAAGUAUGCCCCACUGCAUCUUGUCCCACUGAUUGAAAGGCUGGGGACUCCUCAGCAAAUUGCAAUUGCAAGAGAGGGCGACCUGCUGACCAAGGAACGGCUCUGCUGUGGCCUGUCUAUGUUUGAGGUCAUCCUGACACGGAUUCGAACCUUUCUAGAUGACCCUAUCUGGCGUGGGCCUUUGCCUAGCAAUGGAGUCAUGCAUGUGGAUGAGUGUGUGGAGUUUCACAGGCUGUGGAGCGCCAUGCAGUUUGUCUACUGCAUUCCAGUGGGGACGCAUGAGUUUACUGUUGAGCAGUGUUUCGGUGAUGGACUCCACUGGGCUGGUUGUAUGAUCAUUGUACUUCUCGGGCAACAGCGGCGCUUUGCUGUGCUGGAUUUUUGCUAUCAUCUACUUAAAGUCCAGAAACAUGAUGGCAAAGAUGAGAUCAUAAAAAACGUGCCUUUGAAGAAGAUGGUGGAAAGAAUUCGCAAGUUCCAGAUUCUUAAUGAUGAGAUCAUCACUAUCCUGGACAAGUACUUGAAGUCAGGUGAUGGAGAGAGCACGCCCGUGGAGCACGUGCGCUGCUUCCAGCCGCCCAUCCACCAGUCUCUAGCCAGCAGCUGAGGGCACACUGGGCUCUGCCGCCCACAGCAAUUAAUAACUCUAGGCAUGUUUUUCUUUCCAUAAACUAUUUAGUGAGAUUUUUAGGGACUAUUUUUCAGUAUCUGUUCUUGUUAAAGAGGGUGCUUUUUGAUCUAAAGGCUUAAUUUUAUAAAAUUGACUUAUUUUUCUAGACUAAAAUUGUAUAUGCUUUUGGUAAUUAUGAAGUCUGAGAAUAUUGGCUGCUGAAGGUUCCCAUCAUAUUGUUACAAGAUAUUUCCAGUUUUUCUAUGGAAUGUUCCAGCGCUAGCUAUGUCAAAAUGUUGCUGAGUUCAUUCAUUUAUCCCUUAAGUUACUUAUUACCAGCUAAUUGUAUUAAAAUCCCUUACCAUUAAACUUAAUCAUUAACAGUUUAGCUUUGUUGAGGGAUUAUGGACAAUCUCUUUUUUAAGUCACUGUUCCCUUUCCUGUCUUGUGCCAGUAUACUUCAAUUCAAAUCUCAUUGUGACAAAAUCCAAUUUGUAGGGAUAUGAUUUAAAGGUUAUAGAAAUAAAACUAAUGAAACCUA